AUGAGUGCUCGAUCUUCAUAUUCUUGUUUUCACUUGUUCUUACUUGUUGUUUUGGCCUUGUUUCGUUUAUGCUCAUCUAAUCAAAACUCUCAUUGCAAUGACGUUGAGAGACAAGCACUUCUCCAGUUCAAGCAUGGCCUCACUGAUGAAUCACGACGACUCACUUCGUGGGUUGCUGAGAACAAGGACUGUUGUACAUGGGCUGGGAUAGCUUGUAAUAAUUCUACAGGUCAUGUUCAUCGUGUUCAUCUUCCAGGACUUGAUGGCAUGACAUUGAAAGGUGAUAUAAGUCAAUCUUUGUUGGAUCUAAAGCAACUCAAGCAUUUGGAUUUGAGUUGCAAUGAUUUUGGAGGCAUCCAAGUUCCUAAAUUCAUUGGUUCUUUUCAAAACCUAAGGUACCUUAACCUUUCAUAUUCCAAUUUUAGCGGAACAAUCCCUCCACAACUAGGGAGUCUCUCAAAAUUACAUGUUCUGUCUCUUGGAAGUUUUCAUGGUCGAUUGUCUGAAACAACGAGCCCGGCGAAUAUGAAGUGGCUGUCAGGUCUUGGUAUGUUGCAUCACCUUGAUAUGAGUGGUGUGGACCUUAGCAAAGCAACUGAUUGGCUUCAGGUGAUUAACUCCCUUCCCUUAUUGGUUCAGCUACAUUUGUCUAGAUGUGAACUCUCAAAUCUACACAUGUAUGUUCCUAGUGUCAAUCUCAGAUCCCUCUCUGUUCUCGAUCUUUCUUACAAUAAUUUUAACAGUUCAGUAUCACAAUGGAUAUUCAGUGUAACUAGUCUAGUUUCAUUGGAUUUAACUGAGUGUCGUUUUCAUGGUCCUAUUCCUAGCUUCCGCAAUCUGACUUCUCUUGAGUUGCUUCAUGUAGCCAUGAAUGAUUUCAUGAAUUCUUCCUCAAUAUUUCAAGAGUUGUCCAGUAGUAAUCUCAUCUCGUUAGAUAUUAGUGGUUGUGGUAUUUCAAGUUCAGUUCUAGAUUCCCUUCAAAAUCUAACAAAUCUUAUUAGCCUCCGAUUGACUCGAAAUCAACUCACUAAGAGAAUACCUAAAUCAUUGGGUAACUUUUGUAAGUUGAGAGAGAUUGAUUUGUCUGGUAACAAUAUUGGUAACAUUAGUUUAACAUAUUUUCUUGAAAGUUUUUUCGAGUGCAAAUCACCUGCCUUGGAGUCAUUAUGGUUGUCCUAUAACUAUAUAACUGGUAUAAUUCCUCAUUCCAUUGGAAACUUGUCAUUUCUCAGAACAUUAGAUCUUAGCGAUAAUCAAAUUUCUGGUCCCAUUCCAUACUCAAUUGGACGAUUAUCAUCAUUGGAAGAGUUGUAUGUUGGGUAUAACCAAAUAAAUGGCAACCUUCCCGACUCAAUUGGACAAUUAUCAUCAUUGGAGGAGUUGAGUAUUAGUUAUAAUCGACUGGAUGGCAGCCUUCCUGAUAGCCUCGGACAACUUUCAAAGUUGACUUCUUUAGAUUUUUCUUAUAAUUUGCUUACAGGUGUUGUGACAGAAGCUCACUUUAUCAAACUAGUGAGCUUAAAGUAUCUAUAUGGAUCAGCUAACAAAUUAAUCUUAAGGCUGCAAGUUGCAAACUGGAUUCCCCCUUUCCAGUUGAGAUCCUUGUAUCUGAAAUCUUGUGUUUUAGGGCCUCAAUUUCCGUUGUGGUUGCAAUCACAAAAGGAUUUAAAGGAAUUAGACAUAAGCAACACAGGCAUUUCAUCACCCAUGCCUGAAUCAUUUGUGAGAUCAUUCUCCAAGCUAUUAUAUUUGAAUAUGUCAAAUAAUCAUAUCCGAGGACCAUUAUCGUUCUCUGGUAUCCCUGCCACACUUGAAUUUAUUGACAUUAGCUCGAAUGGGUUUUGGGGAACGGUACAUCCUUUGUUGUGUUCCAGUGGUGUGACAACAACAUAUUAUCUUGAUUUGGAAAAUAAUCAUCUCUCGGGUGACAUUCCAGAGUGUUGGGAGAAAUGGCCAAGGUUGGGUAUCUUAAAUUUGGGGAAUAACAGUUUGUCUGGUGAAAUUCCAAGAACAUUGGGUUCUUUAGAUUUACAGUAUCUGAACAUACAUGGGAACAAGAUCUCCGGAAGAUUACAUUCUUCUCUAAUGAACUUAACAGAACUAGAUGUUCUUGAACUUGGAAGGAAUGAACUUACUGGAAGCAUUCCAACAUGGAUUGGAACAAAACUUACUCAUUUAAGAAUUCUUAACCUUAGAUUAAACCGUUUUGACGGAAAUAUUCCUCAUGAGCUUUGUCAUAUUAGACAUAUUCAAAUAUUAGAUCUUGCUCAUAACAACCUAUCUGGAAAUAUUCCGAGAUGCUUUAACAACUUUAGUAUACUUUCCGACAUCGAAAGCAAUUCAGGAGAUGACUUUACUUACUUCAUUAAUGGACCUGAAAAAAUUAUUGAAGGUGAUUCGUUGGUGACGAACGGACGAGAGGACACAUAUAGCAGUAUUCUUCCAUUAGUGAUGUUGAUAGACCUUUCGAGUAACAAUCUCACCGGAUACAUUCCUAGUGAGCUAACGUCCCUGUUGGAGUUAACAUCGUUGAAUUUAUCAAGAAAUCAAUUAAGUGGAAGUAUCCCAGAGAAGAUUGGAAACAUGAAAGAACUGAUGUCUUUAGAUUUAUCCGUAAACAGGCUUUCCGGGGAACUUCCCAUGAGCUUGUCAAGUUUAAAUUUCUUAAGUAGCUUCAACGUGUCCUUCAACAAUUUAACAGGAAGAAUUCCAACAGGUACACAGCUUCAAAGCUUUGGUGAGUCUAGCUUCUUUGGCAACAAACUUUGUGGAGCUCCACUAACCGAAGCUAAUGGUUGUGAACCAGUUGAAGCAGCAACUCAUACGAUAGGAGAGAAAAAAGAAGACGAUGGAGCAGAUUGGGGGUUGAUUAUAAGCAUAGUGGUUGGAUUUGUUUGUGGAUUUUGGAUGAUUAUGGGUCCAUUGAUAGUGAGAAGAUCAUGGAGGAUUGCAUAUUUCGGUUUUCUGAGGAUGGAUUUAUCCGAUGAGGAGAUUGAGCAUAUGGAGGCUGAGGGAGAGGUGGGGGACGAGGAAGAGCCGGCAUGUCCGUACCUGCAGUUUCCGCAGGGUUCACGGGCGAGGAGGAGAUGCGCUAGGUUGCUCACCAUAGAGAUUGGGGAGCAUGUAGGGAUAGACUGGGAGCUGCUGACUACCUUGGGAGAGGUCGAGCGGGCGCGUGAUAUAGUUGGGCUAGAUACUCCUUGGUCGCGCCUAUUUGAGUUAGCGAUGGAGGACUCGUACCCUGAGCUUACGGUCGAGUUUCUUUCUACGUUUACAUACGCGCCGCAUCCGGCAGAUUACGUGGAGGACCCUCAUUUUCCAGUCCACGAGGUUACAUUCCGUCUCGCCGGUCAGGAGUUUGAGAUGAGUGUGCGGGAGUUUGCUGUCCAUACAGGUUUGUACACUGAGCCUGAGCUUGAUACUGAUUUAUAUACGCAGGCGGUUACGAUGAUGGAUAGGCAGACACUUAUCAGUUUCUGGAGGGUCAUUUCCAGGGCUCCCUUUGGGAAAUCCUGGCAAAAGGCCACCACCAUUAGAGACCCCUUGCACCGAUACCUGUACCAUGUUAUCGCGUCGACUAUCGUGCCGCGGGGUUCCAGCAAGGAGAAGGUCAACCUCAGUGACCUUUUCUUUCUAUACUGCCUACUACGCCGCCAGCCCUGCGAUCUAGCAGCCAGCCUGGCAGAUUACUUUUCUACUGCAUACCACCGGCAGCUCCGCGGGCAGCUGCACACUGGCUCAUUUAUCACCGCCAUUGCACGCUCGCUAGGGAUCGUGCCCGAGCAUGAUCCGGUGCUGUCUGAUCCGGUCCCGUCAUCCAGGUUGGGCCGCGCGUCAGUAUCAGCUAUACAGAUCACCUGUACCUUUGAUGUCGGUCUGAGGUUCAGGGGUGCUGACGGGCUGAUUUGGCAGCCGGAGGUCAUCCCGGUUGUUAUUGAGGUGAGGCCUGGAUUGUUAGCCCCUCCUGAUGUUCAGAGGGCCGCUCGGCAGGCUCAGCUACAGGCUCUGGGCAUCGAUCAGCCUAAGGCUCAGGCUCAGGCUUAG